AUGGCUGGUCAGCCCCACAAGCCCCAGAAGUUCCUUGGGGCUACAGGCACGUGAAGCAGGAGGCCAGGGUCAGACCCUGGACCGCUCUCCCAGUCCAGUCCCACCACAGACUCUGCGUAUGAGAUGGGCCACAUUCGCAAGCUGCAGGCACAGCACAUGCAGAUGCAGGAGAACUUCACCAAGUGGAUCAACAAUAUCUUCCAGCACGGCCAGGUGGGCAUCAAGAUUCAGAACCUGUACACAGAGCUGGAUGAUGGCACCCACCUGCUGUGGCUGCUGGAGCUCAUCUUGGGGGAUGUCCUGCCACCCCCCAACUGGGGCCACAUGUGCAUACACUUCCUAGAGAACAGCAGCCGAGCUCUGGCCUUCCUCAGGGCCAAGGCGCCAGCACCCCUCAUUGAGCCAGAGAACAUCGUGGAUGGAGACCAGAUGCUCAUCCUGGGACUCAUCUGGGUCAUCAUUCUGUGUUUCCAGAUUUCCCACAUCUCCCUGGACAGGGAGGAGUUUGGGGCCAGCACAGCCCUGCUGUCUGCCAAGGAGGCUCUGCUGCUCUGGUGCCAGUGGAAGACGGCCGGCUACGCCAACGCCAACAUCACUGACUUCUCCCGCAGCUGGAGUGAUGGGCUCGGCUUCAGUGCCCUCAUCCACGCCCACAGGCCAGAUCUGCUUCACUACGGCUCCCUGCGUCAACGCCCACUGCACCACCUCCACUGUGCUUUCCAUGUGGCUGAGCAGGAGCUGGGCAUCGCUCAGCUGCUGGACCCCGAGGACGUGGUGGCCCUACAGCCCGAUGAGCGCUCCGUCAUGACUCACGUCUCCUUCUACUGCCACCACCUCUCCCACCUGCCAGGGCAGACUGUCCAGAGGAGACUCGCGAAGAUCCUGCUUCAGCUCCAGGAGACAGAGGCGCUGCAGACCCAGUGUGAGCAGCUGGUGACCGACCUCCUGUGGUGAAUCGCAGAGAAGCCAGUGCAGCUGGAGGCCCGGGAUUUCCCAGACACCCUGCCAGGCAUGUGCCAGCUGCUGGUGGCCUUUGCCUCCUUCCGCACCCAGGAGAAGCCACCGAGGCUGCAGCAGCGAGGGGCCAUGGAGGCACUGCUCUUCCGGCUGCAGAUGGCACUCCGAGCCCAGAAUCGCAGGCACCUCCUGCCGCACGAGGGCCUGGGCCCUGCAGAGCUGUCCCCGAGCUGGGCAGGCCUGGAGCAGGCAGAGGCCUCGUGGAGCCAGGCCCUACAGCAGAGGUUCCUGCAACUAGAGAGGUUGGAAACCCUGGGCCGGUGCUUCCAGCAUAAGGCAGCCCUCCAGGAGAGCUUUCUAACAGACACAGAGCAGGUGCUGGACCGGGCCGCAGCCCCACCAGCCAGCCCGGCCACAGUGGAAGCGGCCACCCAGAGGUUGCGCAUGCUGGAUGUUGGCAUCCUGCCCCAGGAGGGGUGCUUCCAGGCCCUGGCCGAGAUUGCAGACAUCCUCCAGCAGGAGCACUACCAUGGCUGGGCAGAGGUGGCCUGCAGGCAGUUGGAGAUCACUCAGUGCUGGGAGCAGCUCCUUCCGUGGCUGCAAGGGCAGAGGAAGCAGAUGGCAGGCAUGCAGGCUGUGCUGACCCUGCUGCAGGAAGUAGAUGCCUCCAAGCAGCUCAACCAGCUGCAGGUGCUGGCCAGCUCCACGGCCUGUGGGCAGCAGCUGGCAGAGGUAGUGGAGCUGCUUCAGGGGCAUGACCUGCUGGAGGCCUAGAUCUCAGCUCAUGGCGCCCACAUGAGUCAUCCUGCCCACCAGACAAUGGAGCUGGAUUCUUCCCUGGGCACUAGUGUGGAAGUGCUGCAGGCCAAGGCCAGGGUGCUGGCCCAGCUCCACCAGAGCCUGGUGUCUCUUGCCAGGUCCCGGCGGGCCUUGCUGGAGCAGACCCUGCAGCGGGCAGAGCUCCUGCACAACUGUGAGGAGGAGGAAGCCUGGGUGAGGGAGCGGGGACAACUGGUGGAGGAUGCUGCCCUGGGCCCGGAUCUCAGCCAGAUCGCUGCGGCCCUGCAGCAACACAAGGCCCUAGAAGCCGAGCUCCGCCGCCACCAGGCCGUGUGCACUGAUCUCGUGCGGAGGGGACGCGACCUGGGCACACGCGGGCCCCGAUCGCCGGAUCCCCGGGAACGGGCCGCGGCGGUGCAGGGCGCGUGGCAGAGGCUCUGGGCCCGGGCGGCGGGGCGGGGCGCGCGGCUGCAGGCGGCCCUGCCCAUCCAGCAGUACUUCGCCGACGUGGCGGAGGCAGCCUUGUGGCUCCGGGAGCGGCGGUCAGCGCCGGAGAGCACGUCCUUUGGGCAGGACCAGGCGGCCGCUGAGGCCCUGCUGUGGCGCCACCUGCGGCUGGAGCGCGCAGUGCGCGUCUUUGGGGCCGAGCUGCGGCGAUUGGACGAGCCCGCGCCGGCGGCCGCAGCCCGGGCGUCGUCGCUCCUGGUGGUGUCUGCCCUGAGCUCUCCGAAAGAAGGCCCAAGAAACCGAGGGGCCCCACAUGAGGUUUCCUGCUACUCUGGCCCCCAGGGCACCCAGAAGAUGGCCCUCCCAGAUGAGCCUGACCCUGACUUUGACCCCAACACCAUCCUCCAGACACAGGAACACUUGAGCCAGGACUAUGAGGGCCUGCGGACCCUGGCAGAGCACCGCAGGGCCCGACUGGAGGGGUUGGUGGCCCUGUUUGGCUUCUAUGGCCUCUGUGGGGAGCUGCAGUCCUGGCUGGCAAACCAGACAGUGCUGUUCCGAACACUGCAGCCCCAGGCCAACUUGGAGGUCAUGCAGCUCAAGUAUGCGAAAUUCCUCACUGCCCUGGCUGUGGGAAGAGGCCUCUGGGCUGAGGUUAGCAGCUCCACUGAGCAGCUGAAGCAGAGAUAUCCUGGUGAUUUCCCCAAAAUCCAGCGACAGCGGGAGGAACUGAGCUGGAGGUGGGAGCAGCUGGAGGCCCUAAAGAAAGAGAAGGAAACACAGCUGGCAUGCACCACACAUGUGUGCAGUUUUCUGCAGGAGUGUGGAACCACAUGGGUCCAGCUACAAGACAUGAUACUCCAGCUAGAAACCCUGGAGCCGGGGCACUUAGAGGACAGCCACCGCGUCCUGCAAGUGAGCCAGCAGAAGAUGCUGGUGCAGGAUAGAGGCAAAGGGCAGCUAGCAAGUACGGCCUGGGUUCAGGUCGAGGAGCUGGGCCGCACAGAGAGCCAGUCCCUGCAGGGGCAGGUGGAGACGCCGCAGGGGCCGCUGGAGCAAGUGCAGGAGCAAGUGACCUGAUGGGCCUGGGCCCAGGCUGAGGCGCAGGCCCUCCAGGGCUUCCUGCAGGGGAGCCGGUGGCUGCUGCGGGCAGGCGGUGUCCAGGCUCAGCUGCACAGCGAAGAAGAGGAGGUGGUGGACGUGGCCUCAGCCCAGCGGCUUCUGGCGGAGCACCAAGACCUGCUGGAGGAGAUUCACCUGCAGCAGGAGAGGCUGCAGCAGCUGGAGGCUCGGGGCCAGCCCAUGGCAGCCUUGGACUCCCCAGACUCCCGAGGGGCAGCCAGUACCCUGAGGCUCCUGGGCCAGCAAGGCAGGGAGUUGAAGGCCGCCUGGGAGCAAAGACAGCAGCGGCUGCAGGAGGGGUUGAAGUUGCAGAGGUUUGGUCGAGAAGCGGAUGUUUUCACUGCCACCUGUGACAACCACGAGACCUUCCUACAGCUGGACAGCCUCGCGGAGGACGUGGGGGAGGCCCAGAGCCUGCUGCAGCGGCACCAGGAGUUUGAGCGGCUCCUGGAUGCCCUGGGCCCUCGAGCAGAGGAUCUGUGGGCACGUGGCAAGAAGCUGGCUCAGAGCCAACACAACCGGCUGCUCCCUGUCCUCAUGGCCUCUGGCCACACUCCAGGCUCUUGCAUGGGCCAUGGGCUCCAGCUGCAGAUCUUGACUCUGUCAGACAUUUGUUCUGCCCACGACGGGGUCUCAGAGCCGGGCUAUUUCACAGGCCUCCCGGAGAUUAAGCCUGAAUGGAAGCAGGACGUGGCAGAGGUGAUGCUGUGGAUGGAGGAGAAGUGGCGGAUGCUGGCGGACGAGCCAUCCCAAGAGCCUGACAACAUCCUGCAGAAACUCAGGUGGCACAAAACAGCUGAGCGUGAGCUGGUGUCCACCCAGGGGCACGUGGAGGGCCUGCAGCAGGUUGGGAGAGAGCUGUUGAGCAGCAGGCCCCAUGCCCAGGAGGACGUGCAGGCCGGGCUUCAGGGCCUGAGCAGCAAGUGGGAUGAGUUGAACCGCCAAAUGGCAGAGCAUGGGAAGCAGCUCCGGUGGACUCGGCAGCAGGACCAGCUCCUGGGGCUGCUGCAGGAAGCCAAGGAGAAGGUGGAGCAGCUAGAGGGGGCCCUGCAGAGUGCAGAAAUGGGGCAGGACCUGGGCUCAAGCCGGGGGCUGCAGAGACAGCACCGUCAGCUGGAGGCCGAGAGCCAGGCACUGGCCGGCAAGAUGGCUGCCCUCGUUCCCCAGGCCCACCAGGUGGUCAAUACCCAGACCAUCGUGGAGGAGACUCAAAAGUACCUCCAGAGGUUUGAGUCCCUUCAGGGACGUCUGGCCGCCCGGCGACUGCAGCUGCAGGCCUCCGUUGAGCUGUACCAGUUCCUCCACCUGGGCGACAUGGAGCUCACAUGGGUGGCAGCGCAUACGCCUGCACCCAGCGCUGGCUCCGGUAAAUACUUGGAUGGUGCCCACAGUCUUCUCCGCAAGCACAAGGAGCUCCACGCAGAGGUGAAAGACCACCAGGGACAGGUGCGACGGGUGCUGGGUUCCGGCCGCAGCCUUGCAGCCUCAGGGCGCCCCCAGGCCCAGCACAUCGUGGAGCAAUGCCAGAAGCUGGAAGGCCGCUGGGCGGAGCUGGAGCAGGCCUGUGAGGCGCGGGUCCCAUCUGAGAUCGUCACGGUGAGUUGGCACCAUUCUUGACAGUAUUUCCUGGACGUAUCAGAGCUGGAGGACUGGGUGGAGGAGAAGUGGCCUCUGGUGAGCAGUCAGGACUGUGGCGGGGACGAGACAGCCACGGUCAGGCUCAUCAGGAAGCACCAGGCCCUGCAACAGGAACUGCCUUAUUGGAGCUCCAUGGAGGAGCUUGACCAGAGAACCCAAACCCUCACUGGCCCCGAGGCCCCUAUGCAGCUGGGCGUGGUGCAGGAGAGGCUCCGGGAGGGGCUGCGGGCACUGCAGGAGUUGGCAGCCACACGGGACUGGGAGCUGGAGGGGACCCUGAAGAUGCACGAGUUCAUGAGGGAGGCCAAGGACCUGCAGGGCUGGCUGGCCAGCCAGAAGCAGGCAGUCAGAGGAGGAGAGAGCCUUGAGGAGGAGGUCGUUCUGUGCUUCUGCACCAAGUUUGCAAAGUUUCAGCACCAAGUAGAGAUGGGGGGCCAAUGGGUGGCAACCUGCCAGCAGCUGGCAGAGAGCCUGCUAGAAUGUGGGCACAGUGUUGCUCCUCAAGCCCGUCAGAUGCAGCAGGAUCUGCAGGCUGCCUGGUUGGAGCUGUGGGCGCUGACCCAGGCCUGCGGCCACCUGCUCUGAGAUGCUGAGAUCACCCUCAAAGUUCACAGAGAUCUGUUGGAAGCCCUCACCCAGGUCCAGAAAGCCACAAGCCUCCCCUGUGGUGUGGCCCGGGAUCUGUGUGGGCUGGGGGCCCAGCUGAGGAGACACGAGGGGCUGGAGCGUGAACUCGUGGGCACUGAGCGGCAGCUACAGGAGCUCAGGACUGGAGGAACGGUGCAGAAGCUGGGGCCCGGGCCUCAGGCCCAAGCGGUGCAGCAGAGGCAGCGGGCCCUGCUGAAAGCUUGGGAGGCCCUGAAGCUGCACGUGGAGCAGCGCCAGGCCCAGCUGGAGCGGGCAUGGCUCCUGGUCCGCUUCCGUGCAGCGGUGCGGGACUGCACCUCCUGGGCACGUGUGUGACAGGAGCUGCAGGUGGAGGAGAUCUCCCAGGAGCCCGGCAGUGGCCUGCUGAAGCUCAGCGCCCACCAGUAGCUUCGGGCAGUGCCGGAGGCCCAGGAGGAGCUGCGCCAGCAGGGUGCCCGGGUGGGCCAGCGGGCACUUUUGGCUGCAGGGACCUCCAUCAAGGAGGUCCAGGAAAGGCUGCAAGUCCUGCGGGACAAGCAGCAGCAGGUGUUCCAGGCCUGGGAGCAGAAACAGGAGAGGCUGCAGGCCAUGCACCGGGGGCAGCUCUUCCUCAGAAAGUGCGGCCGCCUGGGCGAGACCCUCACGGCCCGGGAGGUCUUCCGGAGAACCAGUGCCCUGGGGAGCUCCGUGCAACAGGUUGAGCAGUUGAUUCGCAAGCAUGAGACAUUCCAGAAGGUGCUGACUGCCCAGGACGAGAAGGUAAUGGAGGCGGCUCUGUGUGAGCAGGUGAAGAUGCUCGGGGGUCCCAGGGCGCAGGACCUGCCCCACAGCGUGCUGGAGCGCCGGGCUCGGGUGGAGGAGCACGAGAGCCGGAGACACACCCUGCAUGCCUCCCUGCUGAUGACUGGCUUCAUCAGGGCCGCCAUCCAGGCAGAGAAGUGGAUCCAGGAGUGACUCCAGCAGCUGAAAGAACCAGUCCCUCCUGGGGACCUGAAAGAUAAGUUGAGGCACGUGCAGAAACACCAGGCCUUCGAGGCUGAGGUCCAGGCCCAUGAGGAGAUCAUAACCUCUGUUGCCAAGGAGGGCGAGGCUCUCCUCGCACAGAGCCACCCUCCAGUGGGAGAGGUCUCCCAGAGGCUGCAGGCACUGGGAGAAGCUGAAGUAGGGGUGGCUCUCCGGGGCCAGGACCUUGAGCACUGCCUGCAGCUCCACAAGCGGCUCCGUAAGCUCCGAGGAGUCUGGGCCGGGGACAUGGUGGGUGAUGCACACAUCAGGAGCAUCAAUGACUUGUCCCUGCAGUUCAAGAACCAGGACCCUGAGCAACUCAAGACCACCUGCCAGCGGUGACAACAGCUCAACAACAGGUGCAACGGUUUCCAUGGCAACCUGCUCUGCUACCAGUGGCAGCUUGAAGGGGCCCUGGAGAUACACAUGUUGUCCCAAAAGCUGGAUGACCUCACUCAGCAGAUGUGGGAGAAGGCCACCCUGGUCCAGGCCCUGGACUGUGGGAAAGAUCUGGAGAGCAUGCAGAGGCUGAGGCAGAAACACGAGGAGUUGGAGCAGGAAAUAGACCUCAUCCAGGCCCAGGUGGAGCCUGUAGAGCAUGAGGUAGGCCGCUUCUGCCAGAGAAGCCCUGAGGCCGCCCACACCCGCCGCAAGCAUCAGGCGAUGAUGGGCAGCUGGUGGCAGCUCCAGAGUGGGGCCCAGAAGCGGAAGAAGUCGCUGGAUGCCUUGCACCAAGCUCAGAAGUGACAGGCAACGCUGCAGAAAUUGCUGAUCUGGGCCCAGAGGCUGUGAGCUGAGAUGGACGCCGAGAGCACCCCCAGCAGCCUCGCGGAUGUCCAGAGCAUGUUGCAGGAACAUCAGGAUCGCAAGGCCAAGCUGGAUGCCCGAACAGACAGCAUCAGCCUGGCCCGAAGCACUGGGCAACAACUGCUUGCCGCCGGGCACCCAUCCACCCCCGACACCCGCCAGGCCCCGGCUGGUUUAGACCAGGAUCUGAACAGCCUGGAAGGGGCCUGGCAGGAGCACCAGCUCCACCUGCAUCAGGCCUUGGAGCUACAGCUGGUUCUGAGCUCUGUGGAGCACGUGGAAAGUUGGCUCUGCAGCCUGGAAGCCUGCCCAGCCAGUGAGGGUCUGGGGGACUCCUUGCUUGACGUGGAAAUGCUGCUGUGGAAGUAGAAGAUGCAUGAGCGAGACCUGGAGGCACAGGCGGAGAAGAUCAGCACGCUGGGAGCCUCCACCCACAGCCUGCACCAGGGUGGACAGCCUGAGGCCCAGGGUGCCCUGGGCCGGUGCCAGGCCAUGCUCCUGAGGAAAGAGGCACUCCUGGAGCAAGCCAGGACCCGUCACCGCCAGCUGGAGGAGCUCGGGCAGCUGCAGCCUUUGCUGCAGGGUUUCUACGAUGUGGCCGCAUGGCUGAGGGAGAAGAACCUGGUGGUCCUGGAAGAGGGCUGGCAGGACCCAGCCGGGCUGCAGGCACAGUUGCGGCGGCUGCAGAAUCUCCAGGCCGAGCAAGGCACGAGUGUACACACCACUAGCAAAGAGCAGAGGGAGGGGCAGAGGCUGCUGCGGGAUGGCCUCACAUUCUCAGAGACCAUGCAGGAGCGGCUACAGGAGCUGAGAGAAUUCUGGGAGGAGCUACAGGCCAACUGCCGGAGGAAGGCAGCCAAGUUACAGGAGGCCCAUGAGGCCCUGCGUCUCCGGCAGAGCGUGGAGGAACUGGAGAAGUGGUUGGAGCCCGUGGUGCUCAAACUGAGAGCCCCCAUUGGGGGCCCAGAACAGCCUGGACUGGACGAGCUCCUGGGGGCUCAGGGAGAGCUGGACAGGCAGGCCAGGCACGCACAGGCCUUUGUCCGGGAAGGCCACUGCCUUGCCCAAGACAUGGAAGAGCAGGCCCAGCGGCUACUUCAGCGUCGCCUCGGGCUGGAAGCUUCUCCCUGGAUUCUUUGUUGGUCACAGGGGCAGGGUUCUCUCUGGGGGCAGCUGUGGGAUCCCACCGGGCUUGAGACGCGACUCUGGGUCCCCCGAGGAGCACCCAGGAGCAUCCCCCGUCUUCCUCCGACUCUGCAGAACCUGGAGACUGAGAUGAGCAGCCCAGAGGCUCUGACCCGGGCAGCAGUUGGCACAGGGCACGAGCUGGUGCAGGCUGGGCGCUUUGCUGCCCGCGACGCGGCUGCCCGGGCGCAGCAGCUGGAGGAUGCCGUGGGCCACCUGCAGGCAGAGGCUGCGCAGAGGCGACAGCGGCUGCAGCGCCAGGAGGCCCAGCAGUUCCUGAUGGAGCUCCCAGAGGCAGAAUCCUGGCUGGAAGAACGGGGCUGUGUUCAAGAACGGGACAUUGAGGAUAUGGGCCAGAGUGCCGAGGCCACGCAGGCCUUUCUGUGGUGGCUGGCGGCCACCAGGAGAGACCUGGAGGGGUUCAGCACGCGCAUCCAGAUGCUGCAGCAGACAGCAGUCCUCCUCGAGAGCGGGCAGAACCCAGAAACCCCCAAGUUGCUCGCCCUGAUGCUCGCGGUGAGGGACACCCACUCGGGGCUGUUGCAGAGAGCGGAGGGCAGGGGGCAAGGCCUUUGGGAGCAGCUGCAGCUCCACCAACUGGAGCGGGACGCCCUGCUCCUGGACGCCUGGCUGGCCAGCAAGGUGGCCACUGCCAAGUCCCAGGACUACAGGCAGGACCUGGAGGCUGUCAAGGUGCUGGAAGAGAAGUUCGAUGCUUUCAGAAAGGAAGUCCAGAGGCUGGGACAGGCCAAUGUGCAGGCCCUGUGGAAGCAGGCAGGCUCCUUGGAAUGGGCAGCACCCAGGUGCUCUCCCCAGAUUCAAGGACAGCGGAGUCACAUCGAGGCCGCUUGGGACAGACUGGACCGGGCAGUGAAAGCCCGCACACAGAACCUGGCCAUGGCCCGUGAGGUCUGCGGCUUUGAGCAGGUUGCAGCCGAGCUCCGGGGCUGGAUGCAGGAGAAGGCGGCCCUGGUGGCAAGAGGUGCCUGUGGCCGCAGCCCAGCACCGUUGCAGACCCUGCAGCAACAGCACAGAUGCCUGGAGGAAGGGGAACUGGCAGCGACGGAAAAGGAGGUGGCCCAGGUGCAGAUGGAGACCUGCCAGCUGGGCCAGCUACACCCUGUGGCUCAGGAGGGCCUGGCCAAGCAACUGGCUGAGGUGCAGGAGGCCUGGGCCACCCUGAAUGUGAAGGUCCAGGAGCAGGGUCGGCAGCUGGAGGAGGCUGCCCAGGGCCACGCCUUCCUUGGACGCUGUCGGGAACUGCUAGCAUGGGCUCAGGAGAAGCAGGGGCUGCUGUCCUCAGAGGAGCUGGCUGGGGAUGUGUCUGGGACGGAGCGGCUCCUGGAGCUGCUGGAGGAGCUGGGGCAACAAAUCAAGGGGCACUGCCGUCAAGCCCAGGCUGUGCAGCAGGAAGGGCAGCAGCUGGUGGACAACGGCCGCUUCACAUCCCUGGAGAUGACAGAGUGCCUGCAGGAGCUGGAUGGUCAGCCGCGGGCACUCAGGGAGGCCUGGGCCCUGCACCGGGAGCGCUGUGAGGGGAGCUGACGUCUGCAGAAGCUGCAGCAGGGGCUGGGCCAGGCUGAGGCCUGGCUGGCCUGCCGGGAGGACCUCCUGCUGGACCGCAACCGCAGGCGCUCCGUGUCAGAUGUGGAGUGGCUGCUCUGCAGACACCAGGACUUAGAAAAGCUGCUGGCUGCCCAGGAGGAGAAGUUUGCCCAACUGCAGAGGAAGGCAGGGGAUGCAAAGGGUGCCCCCGCCAUUGGGACUUUCGGAGCUUACGCAGGAGCCCCUGCCUGGGAGGAGCCAGGGAAGUGCCCAGAAACUGCUUCCGCAGCAGCUGCC